GAUCGACCAUCACCAUGGCCGUGGAUGCAGGUUGGCAGGCUGACAACUUUCGCCGCUUCAGUGCAGCCGCUUGCUUGCGCGUACCACCCACUACUGUCUCGACAGGGGCGGGGGACGAACCGCCCAUGCAUGCUUUCGUGUGUACGGGUCUCCAGAUACCAUGGGCAUUACCCACGACGGCGGGUGGGCAGGGAUUUACAAUUCCCAUUCUAUUCUUCGAAGGAUCAUUAAAUACUCAGGUACCUCGGUUGGACAGGAUAUAAGUGCUACUAAGAGCGCUACGAAAACAGAGCGUUGCAAUUGUUACGACAAAAUCGUUCCAACGAGUUAUGGCCGUCGAGAAAAGUUUUUUCUUCUGAGUACACAAAAUCUGUUAUAUUUGUUUCUCGAUUAGCUGACUGACCUGCACAUCCUGGAGUACAAACCCGGAAUUCGCUCAUGCUAUUGUGGUUUCACCGUUUGGGACUGGACUGCGAAAGGUCAAACUGAAAUUCGAUCACUGGGAAGCCAGAAAUGCAGUCUGACACAAGUGUUGUACUCAAAUGAUCUUGUAUGAUCACUGAUCAGGAUCAGUAUCAAACUUCUAACUUAUUUGAUAGAAUAGUCUUUAGAACUGUAUUUCGAAAAAUGAUCAUUAAAGUUUUGUUUUUGUUAUGAUUGAGUUAGCCAGAAGCAUAACCAAUGAGACAGGAGUUAUGGCCGCCCUCCACCAAGCAUACGUUAAGUGGGAAUGAUUAAAUGCGAAAAGUUGCACUCGCGAAUGUUAUGAACGAGACCUAUCAACGCAAACAUAGAGGACAAAGGAAACAGUAUCCAACGUCAGUCGAAGCUGGUGAUACUAAAUUGGUGCUCCUGUGCAUCCUGUAAAGCCACUCGCUUGGUCAACAUCCUUCGACUACAGGAGGCUCUCGGCAGAGUCAUCGCAUCAAAUCAUCGAGACAAUCGUCAUGUAACGCUUGUACUGAAAGGAUGGAGAUCCAGUCCUCCUCGAGAUCUCCUGGAAAGGGUGCAGAUUAGGAUUAUAAAUGUUUAUCAGUGUAGUGAUUAUGAGCAAAACUAUGGAGCCAGAGAAUAUGGACUUCCUUGAAUGUAAAUGACUACGAGCUGCGACGAUAAAUCUUCCGUCUUCAUAAACUAAAGACUUAAG